AUAUAUUUAUGAUAAGAAACGUACCUGAACUAACUUGGGACCAAACCAAAACACCCUCAAAACAAACAUCAAUGUACUCUCUCUCUCUCUCUCUCUGACAUGAUCCCUCAGUGAGAAGCACUUAUAUAGCCUCCAACAGAAAAUUCUCAAUUUACAAAGCCUUGAAACACAUUUCUUCAAACCCUGUUUUUUCUCCCUUCCCACAAAUGGAGUAUGAAGAUGAAGAUUGGCUUUGUGUCACUAUGGAUGAGUUUUCUCUUGCUACUGAAAAUGGUUUUAGCAGGCAAAUGAUGAGUAGGAAGAGGAACUAUGAUGAUGACACAAGAGAAUACAAAUCAAAGAACCUUGAGACUGAAAGGAGGAGGAGGGAGAAGCUCAGUAGCAGGCUUUUGAUGCUGCGGUCUAUGGUGCCUAUAAUCACAAAUGCAACUACCUAAGCCCUCACUUUCUUACUGGAUACUUCUUUAUCUCAUAUAGUUGAUUCAAUAUUCAAUAUUCUUUUUCAUGGUUUAGUUUACAAAUUGUUACAUUAAUUGUUGGAAUGCAAACUGAUUAUAAACUCUAAUUUUGGUUUUAGAUGAAUAAAGCAACAAUUGUUGAAGAUGCUAUCACCUACAUUGAGAAGCUGCAAGACAAAGUCCAGAAUCUCAGCCAAGAGCUACACCAAAUGGAAGCAACUUCAGUGGAAACGGCAGAGACAAAAAUAGUUGAAAUUGAUGCUGUGGAAGAUAUGAAGAAUUGGGGGAUACAGGAAGAGGUCAGAGUGGCGCAAAUAAACGAGAAUAAACUCUGGGUUAAGAUCAUUAUUGAGAAGAAGAGGGGAAGAUUCAACAGAUUGAUGCAGGCCCUCAAUAAUUUUGGCAUUGAGCUUAUUGACACCAAUCUCACAACCACCAAAGGAUCAUUUCUGAUUACAAGCUGCAUAAAGUGCAAGAAUGGUGAAAGAUUUGAAAUUCAUCAAGCGAAGAAUUUGUUGCAAGAUGUUAUCAACCACAUAUAGAGCCCGUUGAAAUUGACUUACUAGUUAUUGAAUUCUAGGAUUGAGAGGAUUAAUUGUGUAGGGACAAAAAAUAGAUAACUACAUGUCAGAUAAUUUUAUUCGUUGCUACUAUUAGAUGGUACACAUUCAGUAUAUUAUCUGGAUUUUUCUUUUUGAAGAAGUGAUUAUGAAAUCAUUUCAUUUUCUUGCAUCCCUCCAUCCCCUCCAAA